AUGAGACGGGAAACCUUGGAUGCAUUUGUCGUCAGAUACAAUCACGAAGAGCGAACAUAUUCUGCAUUCUGCUCACAAAACAAUCCCGAAAUCACAAUAAGUCAGCAAUUCGUACCGCCGAACACCGAUUUGAGAGGAAGAUGGAUACAAGCAGAAGUAUUCAAAAAUGUUGUAACUGGAAAUAUUUUCAUAAUCUCUGAUGUAUUUGAAACCCGAUUCGUUUGCGGAGAACCAGAGAUCAGAGUAGAGGCUGUUCACAACGGCUUACUUCAGAAUGGAAUCGCAACGUUUUACCAUCAAACAAUCGGAUUCAUUUGUGAUUCUGACUACGUCAUUAACAAUCCGCAAUCCAGCAUGAUCUACACAUUGUGGAUCAGGCCUCACAAAGAAGAAAACGUCAUGUCUUAUUGGAAGCUUUCUAUUGAGCAACGCACGAUAUUUCCAAAUCGACCGGAAGUAAGUUCUACAAAUGUUAAAGCUGACGAGAAAUUGAGAACAAUUUCCGGAAUUAUUCACUCCCGAACCGAUCAAGGCGUGUAUAUUGCAUGGUCAAAAGAUGAACCAACACGAAGGUUCUAUAUUUGGGAUUCCAACUGUCCUCGAAGCGGAAAUAUGAUUGGUUUUUGGGUAGAGAUGAAUGUCGAUAAUUAUUUCGAAGUCCAGGGAUCCGUUGUUCGUAUUGAAGAUCCAUAUAAAACACGCAUAAUAGAUAAUGUUUUAGAGAUUAAUAUAGAUUUCGAAAGUAUCUUAUCAGGAGGAGCUGAAGUUUUCUACCAUCCGUACUUCCAAUACAUUUGUGAUCCGAGAAACGUGUUUCAAGGAAGACCACGAAGUGGGGUUCGCUAUAAUGGCUGGAUUGCAUACGAUGGGAUCGAAGGAACAAAUGCAUAUUGGAGAUUGGUGAAUGAUAGUUAUGACAAAUCGUUACAAAACGAUCGAAAAAGUCAAAAUGAGUACUACUCGCAAGAAAGGAUAAGAUCACCACCACACAUCCCGAAUCAAUAUGAAGAUCAAUAUACCGGUCAUAGCCAGAAGACUCCUGGGAAUUUCCCUAGUCAAUGGGACAGAGAACACGAAAGGGGCCAGCAAUACGAACGCGUUCCUUCUUCUUCCUCCUCAUUUGUCCAACCAAUUGUUUAUUCUGGCGAGCAGAAAAUGAAUCGCAAAGAAUCGAGAAAGAAAGUUUCGGCUCCACCGAGAUCUGACUCUUCGGAUUCAGACUCGGACGAUUUUGAAGGUGCAUGCUGUUUCUAUGAAACACCAAAUCAAUCUAUAAAUGGCAACUCGCAAGCUGUGCACCAUGCAGAUGAAGUUCCUGAAAACCAAGAGACAUCUGGACAACAAAAGAAAAAUGCACGUCGUAUUCAAACAAAGGAGACAAAAACUGCGAAGGAACUGGAAAGAUUUAAGCUGAAAUCGGAACUCAUUCUUAUGCAAAACGCGCUUACUUUGCUCAUGAAAGACGAAAAAUGCUUGGCUGUUUGUAAGCGGGCGGAGCUUGAGGACCACGAAGAUUUGAUGGCACUCAUCCACAUGCGUAUGAAUAAAGACAAAAUAAUUGAUAUUGCAUAA